AUGGCCCCACUGCGCCCUCACAUCCUGAUCAGCAAUGAUGAUGGCGUCACGGCCCCCGGCCUCGUGUCCCUCGCCACGCUGCUGCACCAGGAGAACUUCUGCGAUUUCAGCGUCUGCGGCCCCAGCGGGGAGCGCUCGGCCCAGAGCCACUCCAUCAACAUCCACCACCCCCUGCAUGCCUUCCCAAUCUCCGUGCCAGGCGCGGAGGAGGCUUGGGCCGUGAGUGGCACCCCGGCAGACUCGGUCAUGCUGGCGCUCUACGGACCCCUGCUCAAGAACAACAAGUUUGACCUGGUGGUCUCCGGCAUCAACCGUGGCGACAACUGCGGCCUGCACAUCAUCUACAGCGGGACAGUAGGCGCCGCGCGCGAGGCCGCCUGCAAGGGCGUGCCCUCCAUCGCGCUCUCGCUGGACAACCACAGCGCACGUAGCAUAGAAGGCUUCGCCCAAGCUGCCAGGCACGGCGUCGUCCUCAUCAAGGCCGUGCUGGGCCUGCUGCCCGGGUCCGCAUCCCUGCUGGAGCCCCUGUCCGGCCACCUGCUCAACAUCAAUGUGCCCGAGGGCGAGGCGCGGGGGUACUGCCUGGCGCACCAGGGGAGGCAGUGCCUGCUCCCGCUCUUCACGGAGGCGGGGCCGCGUGAGGACGUGGACCUGGCCGAGGCGCUGGCCGUGGCUGGUCCCGGCGUCGUCCUGCGGGCCUUCAACAACGUGGGCGGCGACUUUCGAAGGGACGAGGAGGAGGGUACCGACUCCUGGGCGGUGUCGCGGCGCUGGAUCUCGGUCACGCCGCUGGGCCUGCUCUCCGACCUGCCCGGCUCGGCGGCGGCCGCCGCCGCUCGCUGCGACCCGCGCCUGCUGGGCGAGCUGCGCGCUGCGCUCACGGGCGCGGCGCGGGCCGCGGGGGUGGAGUGCCUUGUGCCUGACGGCCGGGCCCUGAUGUGA